CAAUUUAAGAAAUUCCCUGGGGGUCCAGUGGUUACAACUCUCCACUUUGACCGCUGAGAGCCCAAGUUCCAUCCAUCAGGGAACUAAGAUGCCACAAGCCACAUGGAUCAUCAUGUCCAGAGGUCAUAACAUAAAAAAGUCUUUUACACCUCAAAUUUCUUGUUCGACAAGUGAAUCUUAUAAACAGCUGGAUUUUUUGCCUGACAAACUAAGAGCAAAGCUACUUCCUUUCCAGAAAAACGGCAUCACUUUUGCCCUGAGAAGAGAUGGCAGGUGUAUGGUGGCUGAUGAAAUGGGUCUAGGAAAGACAGUUCAGGCAAUUGGCAUCGCUUACUUCUAUAAGGAGGAAUGGCCUGUUUUAGUAGUGGUCCCUUCAUCUCUGAGGUAUCCUUGGACUGAAGAAAUAGAGAAGUGGAUCCCGGAGUUGAGUCCUGAAGAAAUCAAUGUUAUCCAGAAUAAAACUGAUGUUGGGAGAAUAUCAACCAGCAAAGUGACAGUUCUGGGUUAUGGCCUUUUAACCACGGAUGCGGAGACUCUGAUAGAUGCACUGAAUAAUCAAAACUUCAAAGUGGUUAUUGUAGAUGAAUCACACUACAUGAAGUCCAGAAGUGCAACUCGCAGCCGGAUUUUAUUGCCAAUAGUACAGAAAGCCAAACGAGCCAUUCUGCUUACAGGAACUCCAGCACUGGGAAGACCCGAAGAGCUUUUCAUGCAGAUUGAAGCUCUCUUUCCACAAAAAUUUGGAACAUGGACUGAGUAUGCCAAAAGAUACUGUAAUGCACAUGUCAGAUAUUUUGGUAGAAGACCUCAGUGGGAUUGCAGAGGGGCAUCAAAUCUUAAUGAACUUCAUCAGCUAUUAAGUAACAUAAUGAUUAGAAGAUUAAAGACUGAAGUUUUAACCCAGCUGCCCCCUAAAAUCAGACAGCGUAUUCCAUUUGAUCUUCCAUCAGCAGCAGCCAAGGAAUUGAAUUCCAGCUUUGAAGAGUGGGAAAAAUUAAUGAGAGAUCCGCAUUCAGGUGCUACCGAGACUGUCAUGGGGUUGAUUACUCGCAUGUUUAAACAAACUGCUAUUGCCAAGGCAGGUGCUGUAAAGGAUUAUAUUAAGAUGAUGCUUCAGAAUGAUUCACUUAAAUUUCUGGUUUUCGCUCACCAUUUAAGCAUGCUACAAGCUUGCACAGAAGCCGUUAUAGAAAACAAGACUCGUUACAUCAGGAUAGAUGGAAGUGUUCCGUCUUCAGAAAGAAUACAUCUGGUUAAUCAGUUUCAAAAGGAUCCUGAGACUCGUGUGGCUAUCCUCAGCAUUCAGGCUGCUGGUCAGGGUUUGACAUUUACUGCUGCAACUCAUGUUGUGUUUGCUGAGUUGUACUGGGACCCUGGACAUAUAAAACAAGCAGAAGACCGUGCUCACCGGAUUGGACAGUGCAGUUCUGUGAAUAUUCACUACCUUAUUGCAAAUGGGACUCUAGACACCCUUAUGUGGGGAAUGUUGAAUCGUAAGGCUCAAGUUACAGGAAGCACACUGAAUGGGAGGAAGGAAAAACUUCAGGCCGAGGAGGGUGAUAAAGAAAAAUGGGAUUUCCUGCAGUUUGCUGAAGCUUGGACUCCAAAUGAAAGGUCUGAAGAGCUCAGGGAUGAAAUGUUGUUCACUCAUAACAGUUGAAGAACUGGCCAGUGUAUGAUACCCUGAUGUUUUGUGCAAGUAAGAAUACUGACCGGAUUCAUGUCUAUACUAAGGAUGGAAACCAGAUGAACUGUAAUUUCAUUCCUUUGGAUAUAAAAUUAGACCUGUGGGAAGAUUUACCAGCAAGCUUUCAGCUGAAACAAAAUCGCUCCCUGAUCUUGAGGUUUGUUCGAGAAUGGAAUAGUCUAACUGCCAUGAAGCAGAAGAUAAUCAGGAAAAGCGGGCAGCUGUUCCGCAGCCCAGUUCUGGCUCUGGAAGAGAUCGCAAAGCAGCAAACCAAACCAAACAGUACUAAGAGAUAUAUAACGAAAGAAGAUGUUGCUGCAGCCUCGAUGGACAAGGUGAAGAAUGACGGGGGCCAUGUCCGACUGAUCACAAAGGGGCCCAGGCCAGGGGACCCUUCUACAAAAGAAUUUCUUGAAGGUGGAGAAUGUGUCCCAUUUCUAAAUCCCUGCACAGCCCAAGGUGAUCUCAUUCUGAAGGCUUCGACAUCCAAAGGCUAUUUGCAGGCUGUGGAUAACGAAGGAAAUCCACUUUGCCUUCGCUGUCAGCAACCCACUUGCCAAACUAAGCAAGAGCGUAAAGCAGAUGCUUGGGAUUCACGGUUCUGUUCUCUGAAAUGUCAGGAGGAGUUUUGGAUUCGAUCUAAUAAUAGUUACCUGCGAGCCAAAGUAUUUGAAAUUGAACAUGGUGUGUGUCAGCUGUGUAAUCUGAAUGCACAAGAACUCUUUUUACGUCUGAGAGAUGCCCCUAAAAGUCAGAGGAAGAGUCUUCUGGAUGCUACCUGGACCUCAAAGCUCCCAUUAGAACAGCUUAAUGAGCUGAUAAGAAACCCAGGGGAAGGGCAUUUCUGGCAGGUGGACCACAUCAAGCCCGUGUCUGGUGGAGGAGGGCAGUGCUCCCUGGACAACCUGCAGACCCUCUGCACAGUCUGCCACAGAGAGAGAACUGCCCAACAAGCCAAGGAAAGAAGCCAGGUGAGAAGACAGUCUCUAGCAUCAAAGCAUGGAUCAGACAUCACACGAUUUUUGGUAAAGAAAUGAAGCAUAAACAUUUUUAAAUGGAUGACAUAUGGUUUAUAUGUGGAGAAUUCACCAAAAUUUUUUUGUGCUUGUCUCAUACUUUAAAAGUGGAAAAUUUCAAAACACAAAUCAAGAAUUCAUCUUUCCUUUUCAUGUUAAAUGCUUUUAGUGUUAAUACUUUUUUAAAGUACUUAACAAACUGAAAUACAAUACUAAAUAUUUCUAUGAUCUUCUUGAUAUCCAUUAUAUUUCAGUAAGGUUUUGUUAAGCUUUCAAUUUUCCCUGACUAUAAUCACUGUAUUAUGCAUAGAUUGUUUUUGAAAAAUAUACUCUCAAUUGCUUGAAAAAUGCUGCUGGGUUAGUAUUGGGCAUGGACUGCUAUAUGCGAAAAUUCAACACUGUAAAGCCAUCAGGGAAAUUUUGAAGGCAAAAUCAUUAUUCAGUAAUUCUAGACCAAUCAUGACCUCCUUGCUUAGUAUGCAGGAGAGAUUCUUGUUCACUAAAUGCCUCCAAAAUGAACCCGGGGUGCAUAUUUUGAGUGUUGUCUUCUUUUUAUUUCUUAGCCAGUUGUCUUUAUUGAAAAGAUGCUUUUGAAAAUAACCUAAUUAAACUCAUGGUGUUUGUGGACAAUUCAGGCUGAAGUAACUGUUAAAUCAUGUUUUAAAAAAAUCAAAAUGCCAUUUAAACUUGUUUUUAAUUUGUCUUAAUGCAUAAAACUAGGCUUACUGUCAAAGCA